UAACUUUAACACUCUUGGGUGUUAAUUUAACACUCAUAUCAUCCAUCUGAAAGCAGGUGAAGGUGAUUUACUACUACUUUUAGAUCAGAUUCCCAUCGGAUACAAAGAUAAUAGGAUUUGGACUGGCAGUGUGAAUGUAGCCAUAGUUAAUAUGUUAACAUUUUAGCCAUAGUCAAAGCUUCAUUUACACAUGUGGCUGUGCCUCUCUCACCACAAAUGCCUUCUUUCAUCAGUUUUUUUGCACUCUUCUCUUUAACAUUUGGCAGUCUAUAGAACUCAAAGGGUAUUUUCCCGAUACGACCGAAUAGUACAGACAAUUAAGGGCGUAGGCAUGUCUUUGACAUUGGGAGGAACAUAUUGGCCACUGAAUCAACGUCUAUCCCACCACCGUAGUAACAUACAGUUUGGUGAUGAGGUACUUGCAGUGGUGGUCUGAUUUGGGGCACCCUCCCACUACGCAAAGUCAAUAAUGAUACAUUAUAAAUUAAUACAGUGUUAAUACAAAAUAAAAAUAGAUGCCUACUUAAAUAAAAAAAGUUUUAACUUUUACUUUACUCUUUUACUAACUCUUUGAAACUUCUUAAAACAAACAUCUCAAAAUAAAUACAACUAAAUUAUUUGCUAAAAUAAUGACAAAACUGAGAAAUCAGAAACAAAAUAAGAGCAAGGGUUAAUGACAAUUAUUGUUGAAAACUGCAAAAAUAUAUUUCUCAGCUGUCUCAAUACAGUGCAACUGUCCUCAAAAUCUUUUUUAUUAUUGUUAUUGUAACACACUUUUUUGGAUUGUAAUGACAUAAUCCAACAAAGUCUGUUACUAUAAUACCGGUAAUGAUGUACUAGCGCCCGUUGUAUGUGUGUAUGCAAUGUAUUUUUCACUUCGGGGCUUGCCGUAGAUGAGUCCUGCUCUGGUACGGUCGCGGGUUUUUGGAGUUAGUGAUCUGAUGUGUGAUAUAAUAAUAAAGAGGAGAAGAUUUUGAAAACUGAUUUCGAAAUGUAUUUUUUUUUAUAAACGACACGCGAAUCUAUUAAAACGGUGACGUCAUGCGCAUGCGUGUUGAGUCUACUGGCAUGUAGUGUUUCUUUAGACAGAGGAAAAACUGUUCUGUUUUUAGUACAUCAUUGUCAUGUAGCCUAAAUACACACCUAAGGGUCUUAAAUAUUAUUCUUUUCUCUUUUAUUGAAAACCUUUGUUGCAUCUGGCGACACAUUGGUAAGUAACAUGACAAAAACCAAGCUGACCACAGCUGAUGAAAAGGAUACUUGAUUUUUUUUAUACAAAAUGCAAAAUUGUGAUCUGUGAUUGUAAUUAUUUUAUAGAUUCAAGUGUUUGUAUGACUCUAUUCCCCUAUUGUUAUUGCAAUAAAAAACACCAACAAAAAACAUCACAAGAAAAAAAAAAAAAAACCUGACAAAAACCAUUUGUACUGUUCAGCGUCGCGGGCGCGCGCGCGUGCCCGAGUCUCGCGCAGGGGAGGUUCAUAUAAACGCGCCGGCGCUGAAGCUCGUGUUCAGUUCGAGUCUGUGUGUGUAUAUGUGUGUGUGUGUAUAUGUGUGAUCUCUGGAGCAGAUCCUCGGUGUUCCUCACUCACAGAUGCUCGUGUUUUAGAGCAUCAGCAGCAUCAGGUUCAGUCGCGCUGAAAGGAAUGAGAUCAGAGCAUCAAUGUUUCACUGGGGAAAGUGGAAGAAGAGGAUGGGAGCGAACAGUUCAUCCAAGAGACCCGUGUUCGACGACAAAGAGGAUGUGACUUUCGAUCACUUCCAGAUCCUGCGCGCCAUCGGGAAAGGCAGCUUCGGGAAGGUGUGCAUCGUGCAGAAGCGGGACACAGAAAAGAUGUACGCCAUGAAGUACAUGAACAAGCAGCAGUGCAUCGAGCGCGACGAGGUCCGCAACGUCUUCCGAGAGCUGGAGAUCCUGCAGGAGAUCGAACAUGUGUUCCUGGUGAACCUCUGGUACUCGUUCCAAGACGAGGAGGACAUGUUCAUGGUGGUGGACCUGCUGUUGGGGGGAGACCUGCGUUAUCAUCUCCAGCAGAAUGUGGCGUUCACCGAGGACGCGGUGAAGCUCUACCUGUGUGAGAUGACACUCGCGCUCGACUACCUGCAGAGCCAACACAUCAUACACCGGGACAUCAAACCUGACAACAUCCUCCUGGACGAGCAAGGUCACGCACAUUUAACAGACUUUAACAUCGCUACGAUAAUCAAGGACGGAGAACGAGCCACAGCGCUAGCGGGUACGAAGCCUUACAUGGCUCCAGAGAUCUUCCAGUCGUUUGUGAGCGGAGGAACCGGUUACGCUCUUGAGGUGGACUGGUGGUCGCUGGGCGUCACGAUCUUUGAGGUUCUGCGAGGUUGGAGGCCGUAUGAGAUCCACGGCAGUAAUUCGGUGGAGUCUCUGCUGCAGUUGUUCAGCACCGUCAGUGUUCAGUACAGCUCCUCGUGGCACAAAGACCUCGUGUCUCUGCUGAGGAAGUUACUGACAGUGAACCCCGAGCACCGGUUCUGUAGUCUGGCUCAGAUGCAGACGGCUCCCUAUCUCUCCGACGUCAGCUGGGACGAUGUGUACGAGAAGAAGAUGGAGCCUGGGUUCGUUCCCAAUAAAGGGCGUCUGCAUUGCGAUCCGACCUUUGAACUGGAGGAGAUGAUCCUGGAGUCUCGGCCGCUUCACAAGAAGAAGAAGCGACUGGCGAAAAACAGAUCGAGAGACAACAGCAAAGAUUCUCAGUCUGAGAACGAGUAUCUUCAGGAGUGCCUUGAAGUCGUCCAGCAGGAGUUCAUGAUCUUCAACCGUGAAAAGUUGAAGCGCCGGCAGGAGGAGGGCUGCAUGGGAGCAGAUGGAGAUGGAGAUCCAGACGCCGAUGAAGCCGAAGCCGAAGGAGGAACGGAGGACGAAGAGACCGAACCCGAACCCGAGACGUCCAAGCUGAGCAUGUGCGGUUCGGUCUGCUCGUCUCCUGGAAGCUGCUAGCGCUCGCCAUGCCUUUAAACCCCACGAUCAGAGCCGUCGCCUACAGCAAGUUUGAACUUCUAUGCAACGUAUCUCUACAGCAUGAUGUAAAAUAGAGAUUAUAGAGGCAGAUCAACACGCUCGAGUAUGACGACACCCCCUGAAACUGAGGAAGAGCUCUUCGUCUUCACAUUUAUUGUCUUGGAAGCAGAAACACAUAAAGCUGCUCGAGGAUUCAUUAUUAUUUCACAUGCAUUUGUAUGUUUACAUACAUGAGUUAUUAUUGGGUGCCUUUUGAAUUCAGCACAGAGUUUCUGGCUUUCAUGCGCUGUGAGAAGACUAACUAUAGGACUAGCCAACACACACGAGUGAGGGAAGUUAUUCUUCUUUCAUCCUCAUAUCAGAACUGAUUUGACACAAGUCAUACAGGUUUACUGGUUACACUUUCCUCCAAUAGAAUUCACUUGAAUGUCUGAUUAUGUGUGCAUGACAUUUCCUCCGGUUUUCCUCGUCUGUGCUUCAGAUGUCGGUGUUUUCCAGCCGUUCGAGAUGCUUGACUUCCUCCACAGCACUUUAAAGCAGAAAUUCUACCGUAGAAUUCAAUCGGAGAGUCAUUUGUUUAGUUUUUCUUCUAAAGAAAUGGAAAAUGCAUUGGCAAAUCUGUUUACAGUGAGAUGAACUGCAGUCAUGUGGAUUUAAUUCUACAUGAGGGUGAUCACAUGAGCAUUUCUACAUCAGCGUUUCCUUUAAAGACCCCACGUAGCGUUUAUUCCUGAAGGACUCAAUGUAAAUAUCCAGUAGUCAUUAGUUUACAUCAUCAACCAUCAUUUACUAAUAGUUUUGGAGGAGGUACAUUUCAACAGUAUAUACAUAUAUUGGUUCCUCAAUUAAAGAUCAUCAGUAUUUUCAUCCAUUUCCCUAGAGGAAAUCGUGUCAGUAUGUACACUACCGGUUAAAAUAAGAAAUCAUUAGGAUUUUUAAAAGUUUUCAAUGAAGUCUCUUCUGCUCGCCAAGGCUGCAUU